AGCAGUCUGACCAAUAAGAACGAUUAUGUCUUGGUUUCAGUAUGUCGCAGAUAAGGGUCAAGCCGCUCCCUUAUCGGGUGAGCCUAAUGAGUGCGGGGGACAGCUAAGACCUUACAUAGCAUCACAGUCAACUUCGAAAACCUCCCGUCUCCAAUCUUGGAAAGCGAUAUUGCUCUGUACCUGAUGUUAUCUUUUCAAUGAUUAGAUUGCGGAGUUCCGGAACUGCAAGAUGCGGACUUGGAAUAAUACAUAAGAACAGCAAAAUGCUCAUUGCAGGAUUUACUCUGUCCAUCAUUUCAUAUCUUACAUCCCCCUAACAACUACCUGUCGUUCAUCGUUCCAGCAAGACCAUGGCUAACCGAACCUCCUCAAAAUAUCGUGUUGCUGUUACUCAGCAUGAGCCAGAAUGGUUUGAUCUACGGAAGUCGGUGGAAAAGACAUGCCGUAUUAUCACAGAAGCUGCUGAAAAUGGUGCGCAGUUAGUUACUUUUGCAGAAGCAUUUAUUCCAGGCUACCCUGCCUGGAUAUGGUGAGAAACUCCAGUGUUUAGGUCCAAAUUUGUGAUGUUAAGUGAACAGCAGGACUCGUCCAGUCGACCCGCUACUCUCUACUACCUACAUUAAGAAUUCACUAGUCGUCGAUUCUGAUGAGAUGAGAACCAUUCAAAACUGUGCGGCUAAGCAUGGCAUUGUCGUUUCUCUAGGCUUUUCCGAAAAUGACAACAACUCGUUGUACAUCGCACAAGCUAUCAUCGAUGGCGAUGGGUCGAUAGUCAUGAAAAGAAGGAAACUUAAAGCUACACAUAUGGAGCGUACAAUCUUUGGAGAUGCUUCUGGGGACAGUCUUUUGAAUGUUGCUUCGACUCGUGUUGGAAAGGUUGGAGCUUUAGCUUGCUGGGAACAUUGCCAACCGUUGCUUAAAUAUCAUACUUUGCAUCAGCAAGAGCAGAUUCACUGCUCAGCCUGGCCACCCAUUGUGAACCAUACCGGUGGACCUGAGUUAUGGUCCAUGUCUUUGGAAGGUAAAAUAAAGGACAAUAUCUCAACUGACAGUGUAUCGCUAACAUACAUCCUCUAGGAUGCCAGGCCCUUUCCCAAGUCUAUGCGAUAGAGUCCCAGACCUUUGUUCUUCACGCCACGACUGUCAUGACAGAAAAGGGAGUUAAGGCCAAUUCUUCAGAAGGGGGAUUGCUUAUGUCGGCACCUGGUGGAGGUGCUUCAGUCAUCAUCGGUCCGGAUGGUCGGGUCAUGUCGUCACCCCUUGAAUCCAGAAGUGAAGGAAUUGUCUAUGGAGAUAUUGAUCUAGAUCAAGCCGUAUUCGCGCGGAGUUUCUUGGAUACCUGUGGACACUACAGUCGGCCUGAUCUUUUGUGGCUUGGAUGUGAUACCCGUGGACGUAAGGUAAGAAUUGAAGGCAAGUUGUAAGGAAUGGGGAAAUACCCUGAGUAAACUCUUUGUUGCAAAUCUAGCUUCUAUUGUUCUACUUCGGAUCAUAAAACCAGCAUUCAUUAUUCAGAUCCAGUUAAACAAUCUCUCCAAACAAAAAAGACAAUAGGUAGUAAUUACAUAGGAAUUAUUCUGCUCUUAGCUAAUUUGAUAUGGAGUUAAAAUAAAACACCAAUCUAAGCACAUAAAAGUUUCGGCAUAUUCCAUCGAGUUUUGCAUCUACAUAUUUGACACACAAGUUUUAAAUACCCCCUCAACUCACUCCUGUAUCUAGAGAACGAUUUGCACGUAUUUAUAUUUCAUAUUCAUGUGGUAGUAUUGCCAAUAGAUAUGCGUCAGCACAAUACGACUUUCUAUUGCAUCUCAAUCG